AUGACGAACACUCCAAACGCGCCCGAGCGCGAUCCGAAGAUCGCUCAAGACUCUGACGAUAGUGGCGACGAAGAUGUCUUCCACGAUGCUCACUUCCCAGCUGAGGAAGAAGCUCAACUCCUGAAGGAAUCCCAGGAUAUCAAAGCUGAGGCAAAUCAGCUAUUCCUUGUCGCCAGCUACGACCAAGCUAUCUCCUGCUACGACCGAGCGCUCGCCUCCUGCCCCAAUUAUCUUGACUACGACGUUGCCGUUCUCCACAGCAAUGUUGCGGCUUGUCAUUUGAAGUUAGAAGCCUGGAAAUCGGCAGUUGAUUCAGCAACUGUCUCAAUCGAUCGCCUGGAGAAGAUAAUCCCGUCAACCCCAGUGGAGAAAGGCGACUCGGCCAAGGGAAAAGAGACUACGAAGUCCGAUGCAAAAGACACCGAUGACGUGGUGGAGAUCUCGGGGGACGACGAAGACGCCGAAUCGAAAGAAUUACAGCGAUUGAAGGAACAGGAUGAGAUCAGGGGCAAGGUCUUGCGACUCCGCGCUAAGAUUCUCAUGAGACGCGCAAAGGCAAAAUCCCACAUCGGGGGCUGGGGCAACUUGCAAGGUGCCUCAGAGGAUUACCAGGCGCUGGUUGCAAUCGAAACCGUCUCAGCCGAUGACAAACGCAUUGCUCAACGGGCAUUGCGGGAAUUGCCCGCCCGAAUCAACCAAGCAAAGGAAAAGGAGAUGGGUGAUAUGAUGGGGAAGCUGAAAGAUCUUGGAAACGGCAUUUUAAACCCAUUCGGUCUUUCAACGGACAACUUCAACUUUGUCCAGGACCCGAAGACCGGAGGUUACAAUAUGAACUUCCAGUCUUGA